AUUUCGCUGUUGUUCGUCGUUUGGAAGGAGUGCUUGAAAUAAAGAGAGGCAUGUGUAUUUAUUUUAUGUGAUAGGUAUCCAUGUCAUGACCAUGCACGGUAUAUAAAUGAUUUGCAAUUCUCAACAGGCGUGCCAAAGUCGUACGAUUCUGAAACCUAGAAGAAGACUGAAUUCUGAAUUUAGUGUCUAGAUUAAAAAUACGAAUUUUAAAUUCUUAAAAACAUUCUAUUGUAAACGUUGAAAUGUAUGAUUGUUGCAAUCUAAAAGAAUAAGAAUAUAUUCAGCGAGUUAUUUUUGUAUUUUAAUCAAUAUUUACUUGAUCAUCUUUGUAUAAGCUGUUUUUGUCACUUGUCUCUAAAGAUCGUAUCCGAGAAGUUGAUUAAAAUUUGUAGUCAGUCUUCAGAAAAUAAAUGGAAGAAAAUCAAACUACAGAACCAAAGACUGGACACUCCAAUUCUACUUUCUACUGCAAAAAUAUUUUGUCACAAUUCGACAACAGUGCCAAAACUUCAAGCAUCACAGAAUCCAGCUGCAAAGAAAAUUAUGACUCUACAGAAAAGCAAAAUGGCAACGAGCAAAAUAUCGACAACGUGGAUAAGGCCGUCAAGAGACACUCUUGCGCUCAUGAAAUCAAACUCUACAAGCAAAGAUACUUGAUGCUGUUCCUGUUUGCUUUAUGUUCCAUGAUGAACGGUUUUACAGCAUUCCAGUACACGGUCGUAGCCAAUAUUGUAUCUUGCUACUUCGACGUUAGCUUAUCAGAUGUCAACUGGACUUGUGAUGUGCAUAUGGUUGUAUUUUUAAUUUUAGUCUUCCCGGUUAUGUAUUUUAUGGACAAAAAUGGCAUAAAAAUAACUUUGGUCAUAGCAGCAAUUCUGAAUUUUUUAGGUUCUGUAGCGCAGUGUUUUACAAUUGCACCCAAUCGCUUCUUUGUCGUCAUGACGUGUCAAACCUUAUACGCCAUAGGGCAAGUGUUUGUGCUUAGUUUACCUCCUUUUAUAGCUGCUGUGUGGUUCGGAACUGGGGAAGUUGGUCUAGCGUGUGCCAUGGGAGUCUUUGGAAAUCAAUUAGGUGUUGCUCUCGGCUUUAUUGUACCACCAAAUAUCCUCACAAACAAUUGCACAGAGCAAAUGACCAUAUCAAGUGAACUAAGUAUGAUUGCUUAUCCAAUGACAACGAUCAGCACAAUCAUUCUGGUUGUAAUAAUUUUUGUUUUCCAGGAUAAACCAAAGCUUUUUCCAAGUAUAGCUCAAGCGACCAAGCCUAUUUGUAAAACAAAUUAUGUUAAAUCAUUAAAGAAGCUUUUCAUGGAUAUACCUUUUGUUUUAUUGUUUUUAGGAUAUGGUUUAAUAACUGGAACAUAUUUUACUAUAUCCACCCUCCUGAACGAAAUGGUUUUAAUACAUUUCCCUGGUGAAGAAGUGAUUGCGGGAACCAUGGGAGCUCUUUUGGUUUUUGCUGGAAUGAUGGGAUCCCUCAUUAUUGGAGCUCUUUUGGACAGAACGCAUAAAUACAAAGCCAUCUCUUUGGUUGUGUUCAUUUUGAGUUUCGUCGUCAUGCUGGCUUACACUUUUUUGAUCAAGUUGGAGAAAUUUUGGAUUCAGUUUGUGAUGUUCACACUAUUAGGGUUUAUCAUGACUGGGUAUUUGCCCGCUGGAUAUGAUUUUGGUGCCGAAAUAACUUAUCCUGUACCAGAAGCUAUGUCUGCUGGUUUGCUGAAUGCUUCUAGUCAGAUAUUUAGUAUAAUCCUGACGAAUAUUGCUUCACCCCUAUUGGAAACGUAUGGAGAUUUUGCAUCCAAUAGCUACUUUUGCGUCUGUCUGCUCGUUGGGACAACAAUUAUGGCUUGUAUUAAAUGUAAGUUGAAAAGAGCUGAUGCAGAAACAGAAGCCGAUGAUACGUCGCCAGAAAUUGUCCAAGAAUCUGUUUCCUGAGAUUCUAUUUCUUUCUAAGUGCUUCAAACUGCGAAGAAAGUGACAUUGUUUUUGGAAAUAUUUUUAUCGAUGUUGUUUAUAAUAGUUACUUAGAAUAAGAGAAAUAAUCUGAAAGUACUGUGUAAAUAAUUCGAUUUCAUUAUCUCACAAUAAAAAAUUCAUAUUGUUUUGA